AAAAAAAAAUCCUAUAAAACUGGUUGAAGCUCAGAAGGUUUUGCAAGUCUUAAAAAUUAAUUGAGAGAACUGAAAAACAUGACAGCAAAUAAAAACCUAAGUAUAUUGCAGACUGAGGAUUUGACCAAGUAUAUACUUGAAACGAGUGUUUAUCCACGAGAAGCAGAAACUCUCAAAGAUAUAAGGAAUGCCAAUGCAAGCUACCCUAUGGGCUUCAUGAGCACUCCACCUGAUGCGGGUCAACUAAUGGCCAUACUCCUUAAAUUGUUGAAUGCUAAAAAGACAAUUGAAGUCGGAGUUUUUACCGGAUACUCUCUUCUCCUCACCGCACUUUCCAUUCCUGAUGAUGGAAAGAUUAUAGCGGUGGAUCCAGACCGAAAAGCUUAUGAAGUAGGGCUUCCGUUCAUUAAAAAGGCCGGUGUUGAACACAAGAUUGAUUACAUAGAGUCUGAAGCUUUACCGGUUCUUGAUAAACUCUUAGAAAAUCCUUCAAAUGAUGGAAAUUUUGACUUUGCUUUUGUGGAUGCUGACAAACACAAUUACUGGAAUUAUCAUGAGAGGCUUCUUAAACUAAUUAAGAUUGGUGGAUUAAUCAUCUAUGAUAACACUCUUUGGGGUGGAACUGUUGCAUUGCCUGAAGAAGAUGUUUUAGGUCACAAGAGAAAAAUAAGACUAGAUGCACUUGCUUUCAAUGAAGCUAUUGCAAGUGACACUCGUGUUGAGAUUUGUCUUGCUUCAAUUGGUGAUGGUUUCACUAUCGCUAGGCGUGCUCAUUGAUUGAUCAUCAUUCUACUAUGUUUGUGUAUGGUUCAAGGUUUCAUGUUGUUAAGGUUUUUAUUUUGGGUGAUAUUUUUUUUUUUUAAUAAUGUUGGUUACACACAAUUUGUGUUACUAGAUUGUGGGGUAAACUAUGUUUUUUUUUAGUAUGGAUGUUGAGUGUGAUGAAAUGAAAUGUUGAAAUGUGUCAAUGAUUGACAUGGUUUGAA